AAAGUGGUGUUUGCAUGUGGAAAUUAUAGUUUUACAGAGAGUUAAUAAGAAGCAGGCUACUACGAACUGGCCCUCGUCAUUCUGAAGUCCUAAACUUUUUAUUUUGGAAUCCCGACUUCUCCAACUGGAAAGCUUUUUACUCGCGUUUACCUCAGCCCAGCUCCUGUUUUUGUUUUCCGGGCCAAAUGGAAUGCAACAUAUGACCUACUCAACGGCUGAAUUCGGCUCGAACUGUAUGAAACAUUUCAUACAGAUAACAUCCCUUUAAAACGAUCACCUAUUCGUCAGUAUAUAAAUCGAAACAAUUAUAUUUAAGCUAAGGACAUGGUUUUCCCUUUUUAAUUUCCAAAGGAAGACAUUUUCGUAGGAACAUAAACCGGAAGUAAAAAAUAUUCCGAGGGUUCUUGAAUGCGGCUCACAGAUAAACAGACUUACAGCAUGCAGAGAGACGACAGGGUUAUUAGCACUGAGUAACACAUUGUUAUGCUAGCAUUUGUUUAAAAGACAGGCUGCCUUGUCUGCUGUAGUUUCUGCCUUUAAAGCUCGGAGGAGGUUAAGACUCACAUUACCAGAAUGGUGUCUUACAAGAGGCUGAAUCCAGAAAACGUUCAGUUUUCAGGGGCAGUUUUAUCAGAAGAACAUCAUCGUCCAGUUCAAGAAGAUGUGGCCGUGCCACAGCCCGACAACACCUCACUGCUUCCCCGAAGGCUGUCAUGCUCAAUCACCAAAGCUGUUUUAGUACUCGCCUGCCUGCUGCUGCUCCUCUUUGGAGGCUGGCUGCUCCACACCAUACACUGGCUACGCAGCACAUCUGGCCAGGCACACAGACCACCGCCGCCAGCGCCAGGGCAGGCUUCAGGCCCAGUAUUACAAGCAGAAAUAAACAACACCGUGACUGCUGCGCGCGCCAAAGCUUGCAGUGUAACCCCGGAGGCGUGGAGGUUCGAUUGCUACCCUGAAAGGGGGGUGGUUGUGAACCGGGAGUUGUGCGAGGCAAGGAACUGCUGCUUUAUCCCUGCUUCUAGCUCCACUAGAGGUAAAUCUAGGAAAAAUGGGAUCCCGUGGUGUUUCUAUCCUCCCGAUUUCCCCUCGUACGCUUUGGUGUCACUGAAUGACACGUCGGUGGGACUGAAAGGUACGCUUGUGAAAGAUGUGAAGACUUACUACCCCGGAGACAUCCUUACUCUAGAGGUGGAGAUACGACAUGAAACAGAAACGCGUCUGCGUGUCAGGAUAACGGACCCUUCAAGUUCACGCUUUGAGGUUCCGAUCUCCGUGCCCACUGCCACAAAGAAGGCAGAAAAUCCCCAGUACAUCGUAGAGAUUUCUAAGCAGCCUUUUGGUCUCACUGUAAAGAGGAAAUCUACUGGAACUGUGCUCCUGAACACCACUGUGGCUCCACUCUUAUAUGCUGAUCAGUUCCUCCAGUUUUCCACCGCCUUGCCCACUCCGUUCAUUUAUGGCCUGGGUGAACACCGCUCCAACUUUUUACACAACGUUGAGUGGAACACGCUCACCAUGUGGGCCAGAGAUGUUCCCCCUAUGGAACGGACGAACCUGUAUGGGGCACAUCCAUUUUAUCUGGUGAUGGAGAACGGCGGCGAUGCACAUGGCUUCUUCCUGCUGAACAGCAAUGCAAUGGAUGUGGUCCUUCAGCCUGGCCCCGCCCUGACCUGGCGCACCAUCGGAGGGAUCCUCGACUUUUAUGUGUUCCUUGGUCCCGAUCCGGGUUCAGUCAUUGAGCAGUAUGUGGAUGUAAUAGGACAUCCAGCCAUGCCCAUCUACUGGGCUUUAGGAUACCACCUCUGUCGUUGGGGCUACAAGACCAGUGAUGCCACCUGGGAAGUUGUCAGGAACAUGAGGGAUAAUGGAAUACCACAGGAUGUUCAGUGGAAUGAUAUUGACUACAUGGACAAUGCAAAGGACUUCACUUUUGACCCAACAAACUUCAACACCCUUCCCGAUCUUAUCAAAGACCUGCACUCUCACAACCAGACCUACGUCAUAAUCAUGGAUCCAGGAAUCAGCAGCACACAGCCGGAGGGCUCAUACUGGCCUUUUGACGAGGGGUUGAAGAGAGGAGUUUUUAUAAAGGACGCUGCAGGAAAAACACUUAUUGGGAAGGUGUGGCCCGGGCCGACAGCAUUUCCAGAUUUCUCUAAUGAGGCGACACAUGAAUGGUGGUAUGAAAACCUGCAGAGGUUUCAUGAGAAGGUGCCAUUCGAUGGAUUGUGGAUUGACAUGAACGAACCUUCAAACUUUGUGGAUGGAUCUACUGAUGGCUGUCCGAGAAGUAGUCUGGAAAAUCCACCUUAUACACCAGGUGUGCUGGGAGGUUUGCUGAGAUCUAAGACUGUGUGUGCUACUGCACAACAGAAACUGUCGACUCAUUAUAAUUUGCACAGCCUUUAUGGACUCAUGGAAGCCAAAGCCACCGCAAGUGCCCUGAAGAGGAUUUUGGCAAAGAGACCAUUUAUAAUCUCCCGCUCCACGUUCCCCAGUCAGGGGUUGUACUCGGGCCACUGGCUAGGAGACAACAGGAGCCAGUGGAAGGACCUUUACACUUCCAUCGCAGGUAUGCUGACCUUUAACCUUCUGGGUAUCCCGUUGGUGGGAGCAGACAUCUGUGGCUUCAGUGAGGAACCGCAGGAGGAGCUGUGUGUCCGCUGGACUCAGCUGGGAGCUUUUUAUCCCUUCGCAAGAAACCACAAUUCCCUCGACAUAGAGCCUCAGGAUCCGACAGCUUUCAGCCCGCUGGCGCGUACCGCCAUGAAACAGGCCCUGCUGCUGCGUUACUCCUUCUUCCCGUUCCUCUACACCCUCUUUCAUCACGCUCACGUCAAAGGACUCACCGUCGCUCGGCCGCUCAUGUUUGAGUUUCCCAAAGAUGGCAAAACAUACGGCAUUGACAGACAGUUUCUCUGGGGGAGCGGCCUAUUAGUGACUCCAGUGCUGGAGCCUGGAGUCGACCAUGUGGACGGAUACUUCCCAGAAGGUCUGUGGUACGACUACUACACGGGCGACUCGGUGAGGAGCAAAGGGGAAGAACUUCGUAUGAGUGCACCGCUGGAUAAAAUCAACCUGCAUCUGCGUCAGGGCUCGGUUAUACCAACACAGGAGCCCAAGCUGACUCUGAGGACCAGCAGCGCCCAGCCUCUCCAUCUGGUCUCGGCUCUUUCCGACGACGGCUCGGCCAGCGGAGAUCUGUUCUGGGACGACGGAGAGACCGUCGACAGCUACGAGGCGGAGCAGUACACAUACGUCGUGUUCAACGUCUCCCAGAACCUGAUGACGUCCCAGGUGGUUCACAGCAACCAGGAAGGCUCCUUCAUGACGGUGGACUCGGCCUCGUUCUACGGGGUCAGGGACAAGCCAAGCAGAGUCCUGGUGAAUUCCCAGGAGGUCCCGUUCAGCUACGCAGAAAACAAGGUCUUAUCAGUGCCACACCUGGGUCUCAGUCUCAUUCAGAACUUCACCAUCAGCUGGAUGUAGUGACCGUAUUAGGUGGUUUUAUUUGCAGCCGGACACAGAAUAUAGCGUUUUACCCUUUUGGCUUUUCAAUCCAAGACACUGGAUGCAAAAAAAAUGCAAAGAGCCUCUAUCUGUGACACUUCCUUGCUGAGUUACUGCCUUUAAAGCGCAGGGUUUUAUUUUAGCUUUCUGCUUGAAAAC